AUGGCAACCGUAAUCGGAAACGUCUAUUUCAACUGCACCGAAUACCGAGCGUCAUUAAAGUGUGAAGAUGUCAUUCAGAACUUCACUCAACCAGAGCACAUCGUCUACAAGUUUCCGGAUCGUCCGAUAGAGUACCAAAAUGACGACCAUGCUCCGGGACCGAUUUCACUCCGGCGGGUUAGAACCACGAUGGCAGAGAUCAUCGACAUAUGUGGAAGAUUUGUGGGGACUCAUGACACUGGAUUCGUGAGCAAGGAUCAACUCCUAGAGUAUAGAGUUUACGAUCCGGAGACUCGAGAGCCCUUGGUUCUUCCUUUCAAUGGAUCCACGAAUUUGAGCGGCUGGUCGCGGUGCCAAGUUCAAGAAUUCCUCAGCCAAAUUGUCUCUUCUCGCGCGGCACAGGCGAUUGCAAUAAGAUGUCUUGCUGAAUUUGAGCUUCUGAUGUUCAAAACAAAAACGCGUCAGUUGUUCGAAGAGCUCAACUCCCUGGCCACUCAUCCAAACCAAAAAAUACAAUGGCGGAAUUAUGAAAAAAUUUCGAGAGAAGUUGGAAAAGUGAGAAGAGUGCAAGAGCGUCCACAUCAGGAAGAAAGUGACAAAGUGGCUCAAGAUGCUCAGGACCUUCAGAAUUCUCGAAACGAGGAAGCGGACGAUGGGCAAGGUCAAGAUGAAGCUUAUCUGUUGGAAUAUGACGAGGCAAACGUAGCACUGCCAGAUUGGGAAUAUCUGAAUGCUCAUCUCCCGCAAAAUGUUUUAAACGGGGUUCAAGAAGUUCCAAUUGCUCUUGCUCCAAGAAUGGAAGUCUACUUCAAUUAUUGCUCCCAUUUCGACUUCCAUUAUUGGUUGUUGCAUUUUGAACUGCCCUCCUGUAAAGUUACACCUGGAAAAUGGGAAAUACAGAGAAAAGGCACAGAAUGUGAGAGACUGAUCAACCGUAAACCACAUUCAUCUCUUAUUUCUUCAUUUGCGAGAGAAAAAGAGAGGCUUUUUAAAGAUAAUAAGAUUUUAGAAAACUUAGUAAGCUUCAUUUAUGUUCGCCAACUAAUCAUGAGAGGGUUUCGGACUAUAGCCUCGGCCAGAAUUCCUAUUUCUUCUUCCCCCAAGUCAGCUGUCGUCAACAAUUCUACACGGACACUCAUUAGAUGA